AGAGUCGCAGCGAAUGAGAGGCUGAAUGGCAUAAACAGAAAGAGAGGGAGGGAAGGAGAGAAGGGGGUGCACAUAAGCUCUGUAGGGGGGUGAAUACAGCUGUGUAUAGAGAGAGAGAGGGAGAGAGAGAGAGAGAGAGGGAGAUGCACAAACAGUAAAACAACCAACAGUAGCCUACACACCAGGACCAAAUAAUAGAAGCAGCUGUGAUUUUAUUGGUAUAUGGAGGAAACAGUGGGAUGUAUUUAUUGAUACGUGGGGAAGGAAACCAAUCUCAGCAACUCACAACAUCUGGGACAGAGAGAAGGCAACAGAGUGGGGGAGGAAACAAAGGAAAGAAGAGGAGUGACCAGAGGUUGAAAAAAAAAACAGAAGACUGACACAGCUGCUGACUUCUGCCUGCCGAUCCGCAAUGUCUGUCCAACUGCACGCGCUACUGAUCCUGUGUCUGAGCUUCACACAGGGUGAUUGUACGUACUCCAGCCCCCACUGGGGAGAAUGGAACGACUCCCAGCUACUGCCAACAAUUCAGAAGUUGAUGAAAGGAUACAACCGCUACCUCAGGCCUAAUUUCAAUGAGGGUCCUGUUGAAAUUGGAAUGAGUCUUGAUAUCGCCAGCAUUGAUGCCAUCUCCGAAAUCAAUAUGGACUACACUGCAACUAUCUUCCUCCGUCAGCGGUGGCGCGAUUCCAGGCUGGUGUUUCCUGGAAACGAGAGCGUCAGCGUGGACGGACGUCUCGUGUCACUGCUCUGGAUCCCUGACACCUUCAUCCCAGACUCCAAGCGUUCCUUCCUGCAUGACGUCACGGUGGAAAACCGCCUCAUACGCAUCUUCAGCAAUGGAACUGUUCUCUAUGCCCUUCGAAUCACAGCCACGAUCGCCUGCAACAUGGACCUGACAAAGUACCCCAUGGACAGACAGGUGUGCACCCUGCAGCUGGAGAGCUGGGGCUACAACCUGCAGGAUGUGGUGUUCUACUGGACCAGAGGGAAUGAUUCAGUGAAGGGUCUUGACACAUUGCGUCUGGCUCAAUACAGUGUAGAGAGCUACUAUACAACAGUGUCAGAGGCUGUGUAUGAGACAGGACAAUACCCAAAGCUGGUGUUGCAUUUUGCUCUGCGUAGAAACGUGUUGUUCUUUAUCUUGGAGACGUACGUUCCCUCCGUUCUGCUGGUGGUACUCUCCUGGGUCUCUUUCUGGAUCAGCCAGUCUUCUGUCCCAGCCAGGACAUGUAUUGGAGUGACAACAGUCCUGACAAUGACCACACUGAUGAUGGGCGCCCGCACUUCUCUGCCUAACGCCAACUGCUUUAUCAAGGCCAUAGAUGUAUACCUGGGAAUCUGCUUCACCUUCAUCUUUGGCGCACUGUUGGAGUAUGCCUGUGCCCACUUCUACACAAUGCAGCAACAGACCAUAGAGGAUUUACAUAGGGAGCUAAUGAGGGACUUCAACGAAUCUAAUGGAAAUGGUCCCAUCCCCAUCGUCACCUCCACCCAACCGAACCAGUCUGUGCAGAUUGGCUCUACUGCAGAAGAGCCCACAGAGCAGUCAGCGAACAGCGACACUAGGAACAGUGUUGGAUCGAAGGAGAAGGUGGCAAGACAGGGCUGCAGCCUGUCUACAAUGAAGGAUGCAUCACGUAGGGCAGUAUCUGUGUUCACUGUGGAAAAUCCACACAACAUUGAUCGCCGCGCUCGUACCGCUUUCCCCACGGCGUUUCUCUUUGUCAAUAUUCUCUACUGGCUUUACUACCUAUUCCUCUGAGCGCUGCUUCCAAGAUACUGCAUUGUUAAUUUCAUCAUCCCAAAGCUGCUCUACCUCCUCAUUUGAGAACCAAUACCAGUUGCCACUGCCCGGAUCAAAAGUGAUCAUAUAAGCUUUUUGUAUCACAUCUAUAAAACCUUUUUGUCCCACAGACGGGAGCUACAAAGUGAUUAAAAGCAGUUGAAUAUCUAAUAUCACACUCUGU